UCUUCUUCUACACACUGCACAAUGGACAACAUCACCACGAGCGCCCAUCAUGGGCCGGCGUCGCCAUCCGAGUGUGUCAUCCAUGGAUCUCAGUCCGACCUUGAUAGCCCCAUCGCGAUUGGGGUGUUUGUCUCCUAAUUUAUAUCUACACUACUGGACGUACUCUUUCGAGACCGUCUGGUAGCCGAUCGCCGUCAAACACGAUCAACAGAUCCAUACAUAACACAAGAAGAAGCCUGCAUAUCGGACACUGGAGCUAGUCCACGCCAAAACCGAUUGCUUAUUGUCGACAACCGCAACCAUGCACUUCGAUCACCUCCCAAGCGAGCUGUUGACGCAGAUCUUUCUGUCUCUCCCGAGCAUCUCAUCUGCCAUCGCACUAUCCUCCACCAACAGUCGCUUCUACGACAACUACCACUCAUCGAAGAAGCUCGACAUCCUACGAGCUGCCGUCGAAUCCGAGUUCGGACCUAUUCAAGACGUGGUCCAGGUUCUGACUCAGAACAACUCGCAACCUGCACACACCCAGCGCGAUGUCCCCGUCUCGGACGCGUUCCUUCGUCAGAUCGUCAAGGCAGGACGAAUCGCACAGCGCUAUGAAGAGAUCUACACAUUCAAGAAGUGGAAAACAGACUAUGCCAAUCGUCGGCUGUUGAGCGAUUCAGAACGCUACAAAUUGAGACGUGCCAUCUACCGCCUGUGGCUGUAUGACAAAGCCUUUCACAAUGCCGCCCACGUACGUACGUGCCGCACCUUGCCGGGCACGGUGUUCAAUCGAGCUGCGCUCUUGCACAAUUGGUCAAACGCCGAGCUUGCAGAAAUGAUGGAUGUCCACAACAUUCUCAAGGACAUGAUCGCCAACAACAUCUGUCCCUCCAACGGCAAAAUCAGACAAAAGUUCUCCAAGCGCUUUCCCGACAGCAACCAGCAACUACUCUUCAACAUCCACCUAAACUACCCUCCAGCGCCAUCGUCAUUCGUGCCAGACGGAUGGUACUACAACUCCUCAAUAGCCUCCUCUCGCUACCAAUCGCGACUUUCUCCAUCACGAUUCCACGAACCUGGUGCAGAGGGUUGGGGAGAUGACAUCUCGCACUAUUAUGUCGUGGAAGACAUGAUGAAAAUGGAUCCCGAGCAGAUUCUGUAUCUGCGGGACAAUUGCCCUCUCAAGGCACAGGUUGAGAUGCAUGUCAGAGGUCUGGGAGAUUGGUUCGUCAAUAACGGAGAGACCUUUUCCGAGACAGUUGCACAUGUGAUGGCACAAAGAGGCGAAAAUGUGGAGGAAUGGAAGGUGCGCAUUGAAAACGAAGAUGCUGGCAUUGCUGUUUCUGAAGAAUAG